AUGCCUGUACAAUUGGGCAAAAGGCCAGGUAACACGAUGAUUGGUCAAUUACAAUCUGAGAAUGAAAUCGUUGCGGAUGAAAUAGUUGAGACUAUCUGCAGUGCAUUAAAUCUCGAUCAUAUGUUUGAAAUUGUUUUAGCUUUUGUACAAUGUAAAUAUGAAGCUGAAUUGAAUGAUGUAAAUAAUCCUAAACUUAGAUUUCAUAUAAUUCAGCAGCGAUUCCCUUUGGCUUUUGAAGAGUCUGGUUUACUGGACGAGAUUAUGAACGCUUUUCCAGAGCUUUGUAUGACUACACGAUUGGAUGAAAUAAAUAAGGAAAAAUUGGCUUUACACAAUACCAUAUUCGAACUAAGUGAAAAACUUGACUCCGUAAUUAACGAAAUGACGGAGCUUCAAAUAAAUGUAUUUGGACGUGUUCUGUAUUUAUUCGAUAACCGUAUCAUUGAUUUAGCCAAAGAAGAAGAAGAAAUUGUAGUCAUUGAAAAUCCAAAUCCUGUUGCUCUGCCAUCUAUUGGAAAUCUAUUUACUGCAGCUGCUUGGAGAACAUUGCAACCAACUGAAUUACUUCUUGGUUUACAACUAACACCAUCCCAACCAAUUUUAUAUCGUAAAACAGAACAUACAUGGUUUCCUGGUCGUGUUGUAUACUGUCAUCUUCCGGAUAGAAAUAAAUCGGAAUCCAAGUCAGAUAAGGAUAGAGCUAGAGAGAAUGAACUUACUCUGUACACAAUCUGUUUAGAUUCAGUUUCAAAUUCAGGGUCAGAAGUCUAUGUAUCUGGACCGUCAUCCUUGGCGUUAGCAUUUUCAGCAGCUGAAUUAAGACAAAAGUAUCCAGUUGGUGCUCGUGUAGUCUCAAUUUAUCGAGAUGAUGCAGGUGGGAUCGGUUAUUAUUCUGGAUUGAUUGCUGAACCUCCAAGUGAAAGGAAUGGUCAUAGAUAUUUAUUAUUCUUCGAUGAUGGUUAUACACAGUAUUCACCGCCAAGUGAAAUCUUUCGUAUUUGUCAUCAAUCUAAAGAGAAUUGGAAAGAAGCUACAGAAUCAUCUCAAGAAUUUAUUAAACGUUAUUUAGCUCAAUAUCCACAGCGUCCAAUGGUAAGACUUAAACAUGGUCAGACUAUUGAAACUGAACUGGAUGGCAGCUGGAUAAAAGCAACUGUGGAGGCAGUAGAUGCCAGUUUGGCUCUCAUCAAAUUUUCUAGAAAUCAUACAGAAUGGAUUUAUCGUGGUUCUACGCGGUUAGAACCACUGUAUAGUGACUUUCUUGCUAGUCAAAAUGAAGCACUACCAAGUCAUAAUCAAAGCGUUGAAGUUGAAUACAACAUUGCAGAUGUCUCAUUGGACGCAAGUGCUAAACGUCGUAAAGCUCGUAAAUCGGCUACCGGCAAUCAAAAUGCAAAUAAAUCAUAUUGUGCUGUACGUAGUCUAAAUUCAACGUGUACAAACAAUAAGCCACUGGAGGGAAGUAUGAAUAAUCGCCAGCAUGCUGGUAUAGAUCCGUUGAUUAGUAUGUCUGAAUUAGAGUCAGCUGGUACUAAAGUAUCGUAUCUGGACAAUCUUUUUAAAGAAUUUAAUUAUGAGUCUUUUGUACCUCAUAAAUGUGGCAAUCAUUGUCUGAAAAUUUAUCGAAGAUCACCAACUUCUGAAUCGCCUAUUCUAUGCUCAGAGAAUCCAUUAGAUUAUAAAGGUCUUAAUCCACUGGAAAUUCCUUUCCACUGUGGAUGGUUAAGGCAUUUAGCAACAUAUGAACCAUCAAUGGACAACAAGUGUAGUAUUUUUUAUAGUGCACCAUGUGGUCGUCGUUUAAGAUCAAUGCAUGAAGUGGAACGAUUUCUGGAUUGGACUAAUAGUCAAUUAACAGCUGAUCUAUUCUCAUUCGAUAACACCGUGGUAAUUAAUCAAGAAUUUCGUGCAGAAAAGACACUCACCCAUAUUGCUGACUUAUCAUAUGGCAAAGAGAAUGUUCCAGUUCCUUGUGUAAAUAGUGUAGAUAAUGAAGUUCCUGGAUAUAUUGAUUAUGCGCCUCAUAGACAACCGAUUGGCAAUGUUCCUUUGCUUAAAGAUUCUAAAUUUCUUGUCUGUUGUGAUUGUACAGAUAACUGUCGAGAUCGGAAUAAGUGUGCAUGCCAACAAUUGACUAUUGAGGCUAGCUCAUUAACAAAUCCAAAUGGUACAGUUGAUAGCCAAGCAGGCUAUCGUUAUCGUCGAUUGGGACAGUUUACAGUCGGUGGAAUAUAUGAAUGUAAUUCUGGUUGUCGUUGUGAUCGUCGAUGUAGUAAUCGAGUAGUUCAACAAGGAUUAUGGGUUAGGCUACAAGUGUUCAAAACUAGUCGCAAGGGUUGGGGUGUUCGUGCUUUGAAUGCUAUUCCAAAGGGCACAUUUAUAUGUACAUAUGCUGGUGCGAUUUAUGACGAAACAAUGGCUGUUCAAGAAGGAUGUGACUAUGGUGAUGAAUAUCAAGCUGAAUUGGAUUACAUUGAAACCGUUGAAAAAGAUAAAGAAGGCUAUGAGUCUACAGUGGAAGAUUUACAUGAUAUAUUGAAUGAAGCAACUACAGCUCCAGGAGAUAUUAAUCAACAACGUAUCGAUGGAAAUACUGUUUCACCUGUUUCAACUGAAAUUUCAGAGUUUAUAGACGAAGCUUUUACAUCAUGUGUGACAUGUAUGACAACUACUAAGAAUAUUACUACCUCUAUUAUUAAUACUACUACUAGUAAUAAUAAUAAUAAUACUGUCAUUACUACUACAACGACAACAACAACAACUGUAACAACAAUUGAUGAUAAUCCCGUUAGUGAUUGUGAAUCAGACACCGGGUGUAAUUCAAGCAGUUGCAGAAGUAGAAGUAGUAGUAGUAGCAGCUGUAGUAGUAGUACAACAUCCUAUUCAACUGAAUUGACUACGAAUGAUGUCUGUAGUGUAGGUGAUGCAAAUGUCGACAUUGAUGAUUAUGAUGAUGAUGAUAAUGGUGAUGAUGAUAAAACAAGUCAAUGCAGUGAAAUAAGCAACAGUACUUCAUCUGGUCGACGCGUAUUCAAUGGAGUAGAACAACCAUUAACAGUAAAAUCGCAUACUACAAGUAGUAGUAGUAACAGUAGUAGUGAUGUUGGUUCAAGUAAAUUAUCUACAAAAAUCACUGCUGAAAAUACUCUGGAUUAUUCUGUCGACAGUGAGUUGUUACAAAAGAAAAAAAUGGAACAAGUUGAAGAGAUUCCGAAACUUGUCCGUUUAGAUCUGACAGUUGAUACACCGAAAAAAAAUUCAACUGUUGAACAUGAUGAUGUUAGUCACAAGGAUACUUCUUCACCUCCUCCAAAUAAUACAACAAUACAUGAUAAUAAUAAUAAUGAUAAUGGUAAUUGCAACGAUUACAACGAUUCACCAGAAAUGCCUAGAACACGAAACAAUUCAUCACUGCCAACACCUGAUAUAUCAGAUGAUUUAGAACAGGGAACUAGUAUAGUAAGUGAUUCUAAUUCACAGUGUUGUAAUAAUAGUAAUACUACUAAUAAUAAUAACAGUCAAGCUGAGCCAUUAUUUAUCGAUUUGUGUGAUGACAUGUCUGAUUCAUGCGAUUCGCCUAAUCAUAUAACAAAAGCUGAAGACGACAAAAGAAAUGAUGAGGAGCCUUCUUUAGGCACAACAACAACAUCCAGUGCUGACAGUCAUUUUAAAAACUCCAAGGUGAAUAUUAUCUUCAAUGGGAAUGAUAAUGAACAGACUGAAUUAAUUGAACCUCAUUGUACAACAACAAAUGCUCUCCUUGAUGAAUGUGAUAAUUCUUCGUCUAAACAGGCGGAUUUUGAAAAGCCUGAAACCGGUAUAACACAAUCCCAUGUCUCAUCUAAUGAUAAUGAUCUCAGUGAAUUGACCAAAUCAAAAGUAACAAAUAAUAAUACUCAGGGAAAGGUGGUGAAUAAGGCUAAGAAACAGUUUGAAGGAACUAAACACUGUGCGUCAGUUAAACCAAAAGUUCAGGUUAAUUUAUGCCCAGAGGUUGAAAAAGAAGACACUGUAAUCCCCUUGCAUUAUUAUGCUAAAUACAAUCGAAUCAAUAAAUAUUCAGCUAAAGGGAAGUUAAACAUUCAAUCGAAGAAAUUAUCCCUUCAGAAUCGUGCAAUUCAGCUGUCUACGAAAGCAGUACAUGCUAAAAAGAAUAAAUCGCAGACAAUUUGGUCAAGAAGAGCGGCUAGCUUGCCACGUAGUUUUCGAUUACUUCGUAAUGCUACAGAAUUGUUACAUGAGGCAGAUUUCAGUAAGAUACCAGUUGUACAAUUAUCUCCACUACAAGAUGACUUUAAAGAGGAAGACGAUAUUACAAAGAUUGACAAGGAAACCAAGGAACUUGAAUCUGUAGACAGUCCAGCGCCCAGUUCAAAACUUUCUGAUGAAGAGAAGAAAGAAGUAAAGGAUGAAGAUUGUGUUAGUUCAACGCAGUCAGUUGACUCAAAUAAAUCUAUUACUCCUACUACUACUACUAAUACUGUACAGAUUACACCUUCAGAAAAGUAUGUAAUUAGCAUAGUAAUAAUUGUUUUGAAAGCUUAAUAUGCGUUGCUAAAGUAAACAGAACUGAAUAUACUAUAACUAAGAGAAGUUAGAAUUCAGGGAUCAUUGAAUUACGGCCCAAUAAGCUGGACGGUCAACCAGCUUGUCCUCAUAACCCCGGUUCGAUCCCUAGUAGAGUCGUGGGUUCGUACUUCUGAAGAGUCACACACACAAGGACGGAACAACCAUCCAGUGUACUUCCUAGUUUUCAAUGCUUCCCUAACUGAUAUCAAUAGGUGGUCACAUUUCAAUAUAUAAAUUGUGUGCAACUAAACUUUAUGCUUCACAUAUUCAGAGUGGAAGUGUAGAUGCAAACGCGUGUACAAUGGUCUUUUAGUAUCAAAUUCUAUGCAUACGCAUCUUUCAUCGUUUUCGAAAUUUUGAACGUUUUCUGACUGACUGACUGACUGGUUUCAACGAAGAACUUUGUACAGAUGUGCAGCAGUUUGAGUUGCCACACUCCACGUAGCAUAGAAAGCCAGAGAAAAGAGUAGAGAAAGAUUCAAAAAGGAGAAUAUAGUGUUUUGGAUAUUAUAGAUCACAAGGAGUGGAUGCAUCUGCGC